UGUACGCACUGUCUUUGCUCCACGGAGCAAGGAGCCUAUAAAUCGAGGACCCAUGGCCCACGCCAUGAAAUGCAAUAUCAAGGCAGCUGCUCCAAGAAAAAACGCAGGACGUGCCAUGGCCAUGGCCAUGCCUCGUGCCAAGGCUACGGCUGCCGCCAACGGCGAGGUAUGGGUGGAGAAGGUCGACAGGAUCAGGUUCGUCUACAACGCCAUCACCAAGCCGUCGGUGUACGUGAACCCAAGGGCGCCCACGGUGACGAGGAGGCCGGUAGCCGACUUCGGCAUCUCCAGGGAGAAGAUCGACGACUACAUCGCAAGGAAGAAGAAGCAGUUUGCUCAGGAAGCCUAGUCUGUCAACUUAUUCGAGCAUCCCUAGAUGCGUUGGCAUUUUAUUUUAUGUUUGCUAAUGACCUAGAUUUGUUGGCAGGAUCCCAACGGCCAACGUAGUGGUAGAAACUAUCUCACCCAAGCGUGUACGGAGGACAUGUAUAUAGAAAUGUUUGCAGUUCUCGUGACAUAUUGU